CCGGCCCUGCAGGUGUAGACGUGCUGGCCUCCUCCCAUGGGAGGGGUCUCCCCGUGUCCUCGUGACCCGCUUCCUGUUUGCCUGGGCUGCUGCGAGAGACAACCAGCCCGAGCCGGGUGACCCAGGCGUUGAAUGAGGGGCCCCUAUGCACCCUGGCAGGGGACGGCGUGGGGACCUGCAGAAUAAAGGCUCAGUGACCCUUGCCAGCUCUGCCCUGUAACCCACCUGCCCCUUGGAGCGCCCAGCUGACUGGCUUGUGCCUCCAUCAGGAUGAACACAAGGACAGUGCUGCUCAUCCUGCAAACCUCGCUGGUGCUGCCCCUGGCUGAUGGCGCUGCCCCUGUCCUGCGCUUUGUGGCUGUGGGUGACUGGGGAGGAGUCCCCAAUGCCCCGUUCUACACAGCCCGGGAGACAGCCAAUGCCAAGGAGAUUGCCAGGACUGCGAAGAUCCUAGGCACAGACUUCAUCCUGUCGCUGGGGGACAAUUUCUACUUCACUGGUGUGCAGAAUGCCAAUGACAAGAGGUUCCAGGAGACCUUUGAAGAUGUGUUCUCUGCUCCCUCCCUCCGCAAUGUGCCCUGGUACGUGCUGGCUGGCAACCAUGACCAUCUGGGCAACCUCUCAGCACAAAUCGCUUACUCCAAGAUCUCCAAGCGCUGGAACUUCCCCAGCCCUUACUACCGCCUGCACUUCAAGAUCCCACAGUCCAAUGUGACCGUAGCCAUCUUCAUGCUGGACACAGUGACACUGUGUGGCAACUCCGAUGACUUCCUCAGUCAGCAGCCACAGAAGCCCCGUGACCCAAACAUGGCCCGUACGCAGCUGUCCUGGCUCAAGAAGCAGCUGGCAGCAGCCAAGGAGGAUUAUGUGCUGGUGGCUGGUCACUACCCAGUGUGGUCCAUUGCUGAGCAUGGGCCCACCCACUGCCUGGUCCGUAAACUGCAGCCACUGCUGGCCACGUACAAGGUCACCGCCUACCUGAGUGGCCACGACCACAACCUGCAGUACCUUCAGGAUGAGAACGGCAUUGGCUACAUACUGAGUGGAGCUGGGAACUUCAUGGACCCCUCGAGGAGGCACUUUCGCAAGGUUCCCAGCGGCUACUUACGCUUCCACUACGGGGUUGAGAACUCAUUGGGCGGCUUCACCUACGUGGAGAUCAGCCCCAAAGAGAUGAGCAUCACUUAUAUCGAGGCCUCUGGCAAGUCCCUCUUCAAGACCAGGCUGCCAAGGCAAGCCAGGCUUGAGCGUUUGUGAGGGGCCUGAGGCUGGGACCCCCACCUCUUAGCAGGACUUCUCAGGGGCCUACGGUCCUGCUGAGCAGGAAGGAGAACCACACAUGCUCUUGAAACUGACAUCCUUCUGCCACUGCCAAAUAUUCAAUAAAAGAAUAGAUGCGCCCUGGCUGGUAUGGCUUUGUUGGUCGA